AAAACUAUAUUAUUGUAUAAGAAAAUCUCACUUUCUUCUCUAUUUCUACCCUUUCUCUCUCUAAAUCUCUGAUCAAAUUGCCGGAAAAUUCUAGAUAUGUCCGAUAAACCGCCGCCGGUGGAUGAGAACCUCACCGGGGAAUUCGAUGGUCUUGCAGUUCCACCGCUUGACCACACGUUUUUCGCCCAACAUAUGACCGAAGCAGAUCAGGGGAUCGGUGAUGAUUUCCCGAUGGAAUUUCGGAGCGUAGAUUUCUCGAUUGAUGACCUCGAUUUUGAGGUAUCAUUCGAUGAUCUCUUCCCUAAUCCUACGGAUGGAGAUGCGUUUCAAAAACCUAAUUGCUUGGCUGAUUGUAUCGGGUCGGAGCCGGGUCAGAUGGACUUUGGUCAACAUGGGAGUCAACUGAUCGGGAGUUUUGACGAUGCUUCUGGAAUAUUCAAGUCGACCUCGGGUGGUUCUCUCGAGGAAGCUCCGGGUUCCAAUUCGGUCCAGAUGGACCCUAAUUGCUUUGGUCAAUCUGGAAGUCAAUUGAUUGGGAAUUCUGUCGAUUCUUCUACUAAUGUCAAGUUGAAGUCAGAGGAAAUGAGCGAUUUUGCUGGUAAUCAGGCAGCAGGAGGUGUGAUGGUUAUGGACACGUCAUCGCCGGAGCUUGGUCAGAGUUCCAGCAGCUCGAGACUUUCGAAUGAAGUGUCGCCGUCGUUGCACCAGCUUUCUACUGAUGUCUCCGGGUACUUGAAUGUGCCAUCUCCGGAGUCCAAUGGAUCCAACCAUGAUGUUUCUCGGGAGUCUAGCAAUGACAAGAAAGGUUUGAGCGAUGCAAAGGUUUUGAAUUGUCAUUCACCGGAGUCGCAGGGUUCUGGCAAUUGCGGAGGGCUGAAUUAUCUGUCGGAUUCGAACAAAUCGGUACAUUCUUCUCCCAAUUUAGGAAGUAAUUUAGUAAAAGGUGGAGUUGUAGAACAUAAAUUUAAAUUAGAGGGUGUCGGUGCUAAUAUAAGUAACUGUAGUAGCUCUUUAUUGAAAAGGAAAAAGGGUGGUGAAGAUUUGAAUAACGCAAGUAAACAUCAAAAAUCCAGUAUGUUUUCCCUUAGUGAUAAUGUUAAUAAUGAUGAGGACGAAAAGAAGAUGGCUAGACUAAUUAGGAAUAGGGAAAGUGCUCACUUGUCAAGGCAAAGGAAGAAGCAUUAUGUUGAGGAAUUAGAGGAUAAAGUUAGAAUAAUGCAUUCAACAAUUCAGGAUUUGAAUGCUAAGAUAUCCUACGUAAUGGCGGAAAAUGUAACUCUUAAGACACAGCUUGGGGGUAGUGGUGUACCUCCUCAAGUGCAGCCACCCCCUGGGAUGUAUCCCCAUCCUUCUAUGGUGUAUCCAUGGAUGUCAUAUCCACCACCUUAUAUGAUGAAGCCACAAGGGUCACAAGUGCCAUUGGUUCCCAUUCCCAAGUUGAAACCACAGGCAGCAGCGCCUGCGCCAAAGAGUAGCAAGAAAGGGGAGAAAAAGAAGAGUGAGGUAAAAACUAAGAAGGUUGCUAGUAUUAGCUUACUUGGCGUGCUGUUCUUCAUGCUGCUCUUUGGUGGGUUGGUUCCUUUACUGAAUGUGAGAUAUGGAGGUACGAGGGAACCAUUUAUGGGUGGAUUUUCUAUUGGGAGUGGAUUUUAUGAGAAACAUCAUGGAAGAGUUUUGGUUGUGGACGGGCCUGUGAAUGGGACUGGUUAUUCUGGGAAGUACAGUGAAAAAGAUUAUGGCUCACAUUGUGGCCGGGGUGGUCACAGUGAAAGUAAUCAGCAAAACACCUAUAACGCUGCAGAUGAGUUUGUUCACGUGGGCAAUGGUAGUAAUCCUCUAGCAGCCUCUUUGUAUGUCCCGAGGAAUGAUAAACUUAUUAAGAUUGACGGGAACCUGAUUAUUCAGUCUGUACUAGCAAGUGAGAAAGCCAUGGCAUCUCAUGGAGGUUCUGAUAAGAACAAGAGAGAAACGGGCCUCGCAGUUCCUGGAGAUUUAGCCCCUGCUAUCCCCGGAAGCCAUCCUCGCCUUUAUCAAAGUUCUGCAGUGGGACAAAGGGCUCUUGGGACUGUAGAAAAGGAGAAUGCAAAGUCAACUAUGCAGCAGUGGUACCUUGAAGGUGUUGCCGGACCUUUGAUGAGUUCAGGCAUGUGUACAGAAGUGUUCCAGUUUGAUGUUUCAUCUUCUGCUCCAGGGGCCAUAGUUCGUGCUACCAAUGCUAGAAAUAUAUCUAUGGAAGAAAGGCAGAAUGCCACACGCGUCCACAGAAAUAGAAGGAUCCUCAACGGUACUCCUGUUUCCCUUUCUAAACCCUCUAACAACUUUUCUGAAGAACAAACUGGAACUACUGGAAAGCAAGAGAAUUUCACUGGGAACAAGUCACUGUCAUCCAUGGUAGUGUCUGUUUUGGUUGAUCCAAGAGAGGCAGGUGAUACUGAUGGUGAUGGCAUAAUGGGUCCGAAGUCCCUUUCUCGGAUAUUUGUUGUUGUGCUGAUCGACAGUGUCAAGUAUGUCACUUACUCUUGUAUGCUUCCAUUUAUAGGAGCUACUCCUCUGGUGACUACCUGAAGAUGGAGUGUUUGUGUAGCAGUAGCAUCACUGAUAAACAAUUUUGUAGAUAGCAUAAGAUCUACUAGUAGUCCUCACUGCUCACAUGCCUUCGAAUUUCGAUAUGUAAUAGUAUUACUUUAAACAGAUAUCAUUAACUUAUGGAGGGUGAUGAUCGUCUUUUUAUGUGUAAUAUGUGUAUGAUUAUUGCAUCCUUAAUUAUUGAAAAAAAUGAAUCCGAACUCUCCUUUAAGUUAUAUGUAUUAUAUAUGUGUGCGCUCU